AACGUGUUGUUCCUUGGCAAAUAGCCUAUCAACAGAUGAAGACUGAAUGGUAUAUGUCCAAAAUGCCCACAUCUACAGCUUAAACCUAAACGAUAAAAGCGAAAAUGUUUGACCCCUGCACUGACAAUGAUGCGCGCAUUACGUUGACCAGGAAAAUCUCACGGCGCUAGGACCGGGCUUUUCUGAGUGCGGAAAAUUCUAUAGGGAUCUCCGUUCCAUCAGAGGAGCUUGCAGCCAGAGAAGCUGACAGCCGCUGCGCAGAGCAUCACAGGGCAGCGAGCACACACUGCCCACAACACAGACGAACCUGAACCACCAGGGCACAAGUCCGGAGCCCUCCAUAUGGGCUCACAAUGCGCAGGAUUCGGGCCAACGCCAUCGCUAUUCUGACCGUCGCUUGGAUCCUGGGCACAUUUUAUUACCUGUGGCAGGACAAUAAACCACGUUCAUCCGCCUCUUCGGCGUCGCAGCCGCGGGCUGCAGGCGUUAAAUCGCAUGGACAAAAAGGGUCUGUUGGACGCGUGGAAAUACAUCGCGAGGACCGGACUAUUCCACUUAUAGUCACUCAUGCACCUCACGGGGAGCUGCAGAACCAGCUGGUGGGCAGCUUUGAUGAGAAGGCCUACCUGUCCAGCAAGCAGCUGAAGCCUGGGGAGGACGCCUACAGGGAGCAUGCCUUCAACCUGCAGGAGAGCGACCGACUGGGCAGCGAGAGGGCCAUCAGAGACACUCGCCACUACAGGUGCGCUUCGGUGAGUUUUGAUCCAGACCUGCCCCCCACCAGCAUAAUCAUCACUUUCCACAAUGAGGCCCGGUCCACUCUUCUGCGCACCAUUAAAAGUGUGUUGAUGAGGAGUCCUCCUUCUCUGAUUCAGGAGAUUAUCCUGGUGGAUGACUUCAGCUCUGACCCGGAGGACUGCCAGCUGCUCUCUCAGAUCCCCAAAGUGCGCUGCCUGCGGAACGGACGCCGAGAGGGGCUGAUUCGUUCGCGUGUGCGAGGAGCCAAUGCUGCCUCGGCCACAAUCCUGACCUUUCUGGACAGCCACUGUGAGGUCAACGCGGACUGGCUGCAGCCCCUCAUCCAGAGGGUCAAGGAGGACCACACGAGGGUCGUCAGCCCCAUCAUUGAUGUCAUCAGUCUGGACAACUUUGCGUACCUGGCAGCCUCUGCUGACCUGAGGGGCGGGUUUGACUGGAGUUUGCACUUUAAGUGGGAGCAGAUCCCCAUUGAACAGAAGAUGGCCAGGAAUGACCCCACUCAGCCAAUCAAAACUCCAGUCAUUGCUGGAGGAAUCUUUGUGAUGGACAAAAGCUGGUUCAACCACCUGGGCCAGUAUGACACACACAUGGACAUCUGGGGAGGAGAGAACUUUGAGCUGUCCUUCCGUGUGUGGAUGUGUGGGGGCAGUCUGGAGAUCCUGCCCUGCAGUCGAGUGGGCCAUGUCUUCAGGAAGCGCCACCCCUAUGACUUCCCAGAAGGCAACGCUCUGACAUAUAUCAAGAACACGCGCCGGGCAGCGGAGGUGUGGAUGGACGAGUAUAAGCAGUACUACUACGCCGCUCGGCCGUCCGCUCAGGGCAAGGCCUUUGGGAGCAUCACAGAACGGGUGGAGCUGCGCCACAAGUUAAACUGCAACUCGUUCCGCUGGUACCUGGAGAACGUCUAUCCUGAGCUCAGGAUCCCUGAGCAAGAGGCUGUGUACAGUCUGCUGAAGCAAGGUGGUCAGUGUCUGGAGACCCACGGGACAGACAGCUUGGGCCUGGCCGAGUGUAAGAGCAACAGCGCCAGCAGAGUGCAGGCACAGAGAUGGAUACUCUCUGAGCCUCAAAUCCGGCAGCUGGACCUUUGUCUCGCCAUCAGCGCCUUCACGCCGGGGUCAAAGGUCAAGAUGGAGGCCUGCAACUCCAAGGAACCCAGACAGAAGUGGAGGCCUAAAGGCACGGCCCUGCAGCACAUGGUCAGCGGUCUCUGCCUGGACAGCCAGCCCCUAGCCGGUCCACCAGUCAUCACCCAGUGUCACCCCCAGCUGGCUAGCCAAUCGUGGGAGCCCCAGCUCAUCACCUGACCUUCGGAGAGAGUUGAUGAAGAGGAGGACGCAGUUCUGGGUGGACAAAGCCUGAUAGAUUGACUGGGCGCUGGGACUCCAGGGGUUGAGGAGCGUGUCUUCACACUGUAGUGGACGGGAGAUGCUGCUGUCUUAGUAGUAGAGGACUUUAUUUUUGUCCAAAGGUUAAUGCCAUUGUGUUUGGUCCAAGGGGUGUUUUGUGACAUUUCUUUCUGUGGUCAGUAGGAUUGAUGAUAUUGGGGAUGGAUAGGCAGAUGCAGGGAGAGAGAGAGAGAGAUGGGGGGGAAGGAGAGAGAGGGAGAGAGAGAGAGGGCAAGAUUUAUUGCACCUUUUACCCUCUUAAACAGCUCAUAUCUAUAUUCUCUCAUUCUCAUGGCCGAUGUGGUUCUCGUUGAUUAACUUAAAAUCCAUGGAAGUUAUUGACUGUUCAUCGUUUUAAUGGCUGUCUUGACUCUGAGUUUCACAGUGCAUUCCUCAAAGUGAUGUUGUAUAUAUUGUAGAAAGCUCCAGCCAUAAUCUUUUUUUAAGUCUUUAAUUUCAAAAUAUAAAAUAUUUGUAGGCAGGAUGAGGAUGCUCAUAAAUUCUUAGGCUGUUUUUAGAGCCAAGAGAAACAUUACAGUUGCUGUCAGGGCUGAUGGUCAUUAAGUUUGGCUCAUUGUAAUUCCAAAUAGAUCAGAUGAGAC